AUGAGUAAAUAUCUAAAUGAAUUACUACGAUCAUUUGUCGAUAAAAUCCUAUCAACAACAACAACAUUUCGUGGUGAACCUGAUUUCAUGUAUCAAUUAUAUGAUCAUAUUUUUACAAAGCAUGAACUUCAGUCUACAACUCUGUUUUAUGCCAUAAAAAUUACUAAUUAUUAUACAUUGAAUACACAUAAAAAUAUGAUCGAUAUAGUUGGUUACUUCUUGGAAGAUAAUUUAGUACCCAAUAAACUUGAACAAGCUACAAUUCAGAACAUUAAGAAUCUAUUACAUAUAUUCCUCUAUAAUAAUGUAUUCUAUUAUAAAGAUCAAAUAUAUGCAUUAACAAAAGAUAGUCCAAAUACGAUGCCAUUAUCAGAUACGUUGUCGAAUAUUUAUGUAUUUGUAUGGCAAAAACAAAUCUUAAAACAGCUACAGCUAAAUAACGAAUUCUUUGGAAGAUAUAAAGAUCAAAUAUUUUUCACGUGGAAUAAUGGGAAUGAAGAAAAACUUGGUAGUUUUUUACAAGCUAUAAGAGACAAAAGUCCUAAUGUGCAAUUCCAGAAAUUGAUUGCCUCAAGUGUACCAUUCUUGAAUGCAUUUGUUCAAAAUCAAAAUGGCAAAUUAUUUAGUCGAAUUUAUCGUCAUCCACUUAUUCAAGGUUAUUCAUUACCCUAUGAAGUGGGUCAUGCAAAAUUAGCUCAUAGCGAUUGGCUUCGAUCGGUUUUAAUUCGAGCUGUUUGUUAUUGCUCUUGUCUUACCAAUGGUUAUUCAUUACGAUUUGUUGAAGCUCAUGUGCAACAUUUCUUUAAUUUUUUUCAUCUUCAUCCAAUGCGUUAUUCAAGAGACCAAAUCAUGUAUAACAAAUUUCGUCAUAACUGGUUCAAUUAUAUUAAGAUCCAACAUGAACUCUCUGAUCAACUUCAACAAUUUGAUGAUAAGGAUGAAUUUUCUGUAAAACAAGAUAACAAUGAUCAACAACAAUUGUCAUCGAUUCAAUCAUAUUCAUCAUCGAAUGAUACUCCAACAAAAAUAUCUACACUAACAAAAAAAGAAGAUAUCAUUCAUAGUCAAGAAGUUCAAGCAGCCGAUGAUAUGCCACCUUUGGCAAGUCUUUUGAGCUGCUUUGUUAGAAUAGAACGAUGUCAGGUAGAUAAAGAUAUCUAUAUUCCAGGUAAAAAUCUUGAAGGGAAUCAUGAGCUUCAAGAGCAAGCAACUGAAAAAGAACAACACAAAACUACAUUAUCAGUAGAAACGAAAGGAACACUAUCAUUAUACGAUGCAGACCCAUAUUUGGAAGAUAAUAAUUCAAUGAACAAUAUGAUGAUUAUUGGUUCACCAUUGUCGCAACCACUAAAUUUUGAUACAAUGGAAUAG